CGGCAAUGAGGACGCACAACGCGCAGCCUGCUCGGAAGCGCACCGACCGAAGCGGACUUUUUGACCCUCCAAGACCCGGAGCAUGCGUCCGUGCGCCGGUGCGAGGGAGACGGAUGGCGGGGAUAUAACUUGACCACCUGCGGAGUUUUGUUUCGUCUGUCUUUCUGUCUGCUGGGAGAUAACAAGAGCAAGUAUGCCUUUUUGCAAGCGGACGGUCCUGCCGAGGGAUGUGUGCAGACCCACACCCGGCGGAGGAGGAGGGAGGCUGCCGGAGGCGUUCGCGGACCUGGCGGACGUGUGCGCCGUCACCCUGGCCUCGGUGCUCCGCCAGCUCUCGGACCUGUCCCGCCACUCGGUGGGCAUCCUGGAGGAUCUGGAGGGCGAGCUGGUGUCCGUGUGCCGCCGCUCCCGUGCGCUGGAGGACCGGGUGUGCCGCCUCCGGAGGUGCGUCAGCGAGAUGGUCAGCAAGCCCCCGCCAAGAUCCACUAGCGGACUCGAGGCGGAGGGCGGCAGGCGCGGAGGCACGAGCGGCAGCCGCGGCAGCGAUGCCAACCACAGCAGCGGUGGCGGUGGCGGUGGCAGCGGCGGCGGCAGCAACGGUGCAGCCCACUUCAGGUCUCCAUGGCAACAGAGCGUGAACGUGUUUGGCUCGUGGAGCAGGCCCGAGUGUGUCGAAGAGCUGCACCAGCAGGCGCAGCUUAACCUCCAGAGCCUGCUGCAAGACUUUGAGGAGCAGCUCUGUGACGCCAAGCUGACCGGUCAGACGUUCCGCCAUCCGCCCUUGCAGAGCUCCAUCAACGCGUCCGCCUGCAACUCGCCCGCCUCCCUCGGCGACAAGCGGUCCGACUUCAUCUUCCUGCCGGCAUCCAAGCAGCUCUACGAGGACGAGACCGGCACCUCCGUCUUCGGACUGAGGUCCCUGGCUAACCCAUCCCCCUCGCCAUCGGCGUCCCCCUGCGAGUCAGACUGCCCCCCGCUGGGCUGGAGCGGCGGACCACCCGUGGCAGAGAAACCCCGCUGGCACCUUGGCAGACGCACAGGUGAAGGGGGAAGUGGGAAAUUCCAUGGUGUGGACCUCCUGCAGCACUCUGUGUCCCCAUCUCCCUCUCUCGGGGAGCACUUCCAUCAACCCCGCUCACUGGAGCCCGUCACGGACACCCCUCACCAGAGCCUUGCCUUGAGAAAGAUACACUCUGACGUCGACACAACCACGCCUACAGAGAACAUCCUGGAGCGGCCAGGAAGCAUGGACCAUUCUGGACUGAUUUGCUCCAAAACGCCCUCCACCACCUGGAAUGGACCCAAAGGCUCCACCUUCUCCCCCGCUGCGUGGAACGAACCUUACAACUACACCGUUAAGAAAGGGCCGGCAGUCCCACCCAAACAGCACAGCAUCAUCGGUCACACAGGGAGCGGGAUUCAGGAAGGCGUGAUGUUAGUAAGCUCGGGACACUUGGCCAGCUCACAGUCCUUCUCGACAAUGUCGGACACUUCUGGGAGACGAGGGAACAAUACGCCAGGGAUGUCACUGGCAGCUGUCAUGAUGGGGAGGCGGAGUGAAACAGAGGGGGCCACUGCGGAUGGAGGGAGGGGUGGGGGAGGAGAGGACGGUGGUGGAGAGGUGGGAAGGGGAAGGGAGAAGUCGGCACGCUCCAUAGCGGCGGCGAAUGCAUUCAAGUUCCGGGAACGUUCCCUUUCCACACCCACAGACUCGGGCUCCUUCUGCUUCACUGAGUUUGGCACAGACCAACCAGACGGGACCCUGGCCUCCACAGGGAAUGGGAACGUCUACACCGCUGCAGAACACCAACGGCAGCAUCAUGCCUUCUUAGGUUUGGGUGAGAACUACGCUCUCCUCUAUCCCAGAGGAAGCUCUGAGGACAGUGCCAGUACCACUGACAACAUCUCUGUCACAACUUCUGACUACGGCGUUGAAGGACGUUUGCGCUUGCGCUCACGAUCUAUCUCGCUCAAAAAGUCAAAACGCAAGCCGCCACCUCCUGUGAGGAGUGUUUCUCUCAUGAAGAACCUUGGAGAGGCUGAGGGAAGGAUCCACCGUGGAGGCAAAUUGCAUAGGGAUGGCCGGCCAAAGAGCCUGCAUAUUCCCAGAGACCACUUUCCGGACUUCCAGCCCGACUUCCUUUUGCCCAGCUCGUCUUACUCCUCCAAAUCAGACACUCAUCGAGGGGAACUGGGCCAGGGAGGCUACGAUCGACCUCCAAAUCUGGAGGUGCAUCCACCAGAGAAGGAGGCGGAACUAACUUUCCCCACUCACUGGCAGCUCGGGGAGUGGAAGAGCAAUGACCCCUACAGGUCCUUAUCAGGCUCCAGUACAGCUACGGGUACCACGGUGGUUGAAUGUAUGAAAGUCAGAGGUAGCUCAGAGUCGUUGUUAGAAUCCCCUUCCACUUCCAGAGCCACGUCACCCUCGCAGCUCACCACGGAAACAGACGUUAAACCCUCCUCGCCUUUCAAACCCCCAGGACUCAUGUCCCCGUCAAGUGGAUAUUCCAGCCAGUCGGAAACGCCAACUCCUACUGUGCCGCUCAGUCAUGCAGCAGGUCCGGGAGGAGUUGGAUCAUUGGGGAUAACAGGGUGUAAGAUGCGCCCUAAGAUUCCUGAAAGGAAAUCCUCACUACCUUCACCAAAGGAUCCUGCUGCCAGGUCCAGAUUAUCCUUUGAAAUGCCAGGGAAUGCCCACCUUGAGCUGUCAUCCAUUAAGCCAAAGCAAAAGGCCAGCAGGCGGCAUUCGGACACAUCCACAGCGGCAAAACCUGGAAAAAUCAGCCCCAGCUCUUCCCAGGUGCUCCCUGUAGUCACCCAGAAUGAGCUGAAAACAAUUCGGCUUCGAUCUGUCUCACGAGGCGACUUGGAGGACUUCCCCGAUGGAGCGUCCGACACCAUCGAGGAAGAACAACAGUGCAGAGACUUUGGAGACGACACCAGUCCGCCUCCCACUCUACCGAAACCUAAGCCACCUGUUGCAGUCAAACCCCCUCUGCCAAAGCGGCCCCUCAACCUGAUUCUGAAGUCUCCUUCGACGCCCCCCCUUAGCUUGGACUCACCCCCAGCGUCGCCUGUGGAGCGGCCCGUGCCUCUGGGCAACAUUUACAAAGUGAUGAAGAAACCCAAACCCAAAAAAACGCCACCUAAAAGUCCUGCGAGUCCAUCAGUGAUCCCAGACAUUAAUUCCAUGUCCACCACACAUACCUUCUACGAUCAGUGCCUCUUUGACCUUCCUCCCCUUCCGGAACCCCAACCUCUCCUGGAGGAUCCUGUGUUGGAGCCCGAAUACGACGCUGGCUUUCAACUGGGGCCAGAAGAUGGGGGCUCUUUACCUUCUCCCUGCAGUAACCAAGAAGCACCAGAGCUCCAAGACAAAAGCAAGACGCUUCCGUCAAGAAUGACCAUCUCCUGUUUGGCAGAGCUCUCUGACAAAAAAAAGCCCAAGGUUCCACCCCCAGUUCCCAAGAAACCUUGCGUCCUGCUUCUUCCUUCAUCCGUAACCCCCUCCACAAACGGCGGCACAGACCGCCAGACGCCACAAACCGACAGUCCGGUGGGUCCCUCGUCUCCUGGAGCACCUUUCCCACCAGAAAAUAUCCCAAUAAGUCCACGAGCGCCUGAAAUGUCAACACAGGAUGAGAAUUACUUGGGAUUGGAUGUUUUGAAGGAAUCUUUACUUCACUCAUCCCUGAUGGAUUCCUCCUUCGCCGAGCUGGAAGGGAAUAUGGUCGCCACUGGGAUUGGGGCAGAUGACAGCGUGUCCUGCGACAGGACGGUGCUUCACAUUGUGGAGGAAACGGAUGAGGACUUCCCAGCCAACGCGCCUGCAGCACACACCACCGAAGAUCUGUUCACCAUUAUACACAGGUCUAAGCGAAAGGUCCUGGGUCGCAAGGAGCCUUCAGACUCCUUCGGAAGCCGCCAGAACCUCAUGUCCCCGGUCAAGCAGAGCCCGGAGCUGCGGAACCUCACCAUGGGCAGCAGCCUAAGGUCCAGCUCGCGCAACGACAACUUCAUGGCCCUGCUUCAGAAGAAGGGCAGCAAGUCUUCCAGCGGCGGGGCCAGGGUGUCUGCCGCCGAACUCCUCAAAAGCACAAACCCUCUGGCGCGGCGGGUCACCGAGUUCUCGGGCGGCGCUGGCGAGGGGGCAGAGGUGGAGUCCGGCGGUCAAGGCAAACCAAACGAUCAGUAAACCAAGGAGCAUUAUCCCAACUGGAUCAGCUCGCAAGCAGCCGCUUCGCUCCAACCACUGGCUGACCAUUUGCACCGUCCAAUCCCAUCGGAGCAGCACACCUUUUGGACAAAAUGGUCCCUCGUGUGGUUGGAGCCGUUUUAUUUCCUGACGUAGCGGAGUAAGUUGUGAGCAACGCACUUAGCGGGGAGGGAAAGAUGGAUGUGCGGAUACCAGGAACAUAAGCAUUGGAUAUCUUUUCUCCUGACGGUGAGUGUUGACCUGCGCCACGGCAUCAGUCCGGAGUCCAUGUACUGUAAGACUUCUUCAUAACCAAGAAGUACAUUGAAGUGCAGGCUUUGCUUCCUAGCAUGCAAAAGACAAAAUCUUUCCAGAUUCCACUCAAUCAUAAAGCACUUUUCUUAAAUGUUUGUUGUCGAGAGGCCGUUUACAUGAUUCAUUCCCUCCAGGUACACUCCGGAAUAAUGUUACAUUUGUUUUUCCCACGUAAGUGUUUUUUUUAGGACAUACACAUGAUUAAGGAUCGUUCAGAGAACAUUUGCAGACACUGCCUGUGUGACGGACCACACACACACACACACAAAGAACAGAACUGUCUGCACAAGCGUGUGACUGCGCACAAAUCGUCAUCACGCCUGCGGAGUUUCUGCAUGGAGAGCAUGAAGCAGGCUCAGGGGAUCAAACAGGGUUUUUUUUUUGUUUUUUUGGGGGGUCUCCAGUGACGGAAGCGAAGAACUACCACAAACCAAGACCAGAGGGGACCUGAGUGUGUGUUGGAGUGUGAGAGUGUGCAUGCUCGCUCGCAUGUGCUUGUGUGUGUUUGACUCGUGUAUCAUCCACCACCAGGUCAUCUCCAGAAUGAGCGGUUCUCGUCACAUUUCACCAACUCCUCCAUGCACUUCCACACUUUCAUGUAGCAUCUCCUAACCCACACCACCACACCUAUCCCUCCUCUUUCCACUACCUAUUGGAUCUUUGCAUCCCAGCUGGCAGACGACGGGUGAAUUUCAAUGAGAAAACAUGCUUUUGUAGGGAUGGGUGAAGGAGUUCACUCUUUUGGGCCACCACUGUGUUAGAGCUCUCCCUAGUGGGUGGAGGAUGUACUGCAGAGCGCCACAUUAGGACACCCCUAAGAUAGUCCUUCAGGUACAUGCCAUCUUCAGUACGAAAAAAAAAAAGAAUACAUCACUAUUUAUGAUGACUUGUCAAGUGGUGCUUUUUUUUUUUUUUUGCUUUUAGACUAAUUAGUGAAUUGAGUGUUUGUUUUGCCUUGUACACUAAGAUUUUCUUCUGCGUUUUCUUUUACGUAGUUGAUUUUCUUGUUUGUUUGUUUUUACUUGCACUCUUCUUCACCAGUUCCUACGCUGACUUCAGCAGUGAUAAUGAUUCCUAAGGUUAGCAAAAAGAAGAAGAGGACAGUUCCAACAUGAAGCUUCCCUUUUUAAAGGGACUGAAGUAAUAUGUAUUAAUAUGGAUGAUAUUUGGAAAAAAAUGGCCUUGGACAUAAUUUAUAAUCCCUCCCUGCAAGGCAGCAUUGGAAGUGACACGCCUACAAUGGGAGCAGCAGGGAUAAGUUGAAUUUUAGCACAUGAUUCCCUCUUUGGGAGAGAAAGGGAGGGGGAAAGUCAGGAGGUUGGAGAACGUGUAAUCCUCACCUCCUCUCCUUGGUGAGUGGCUCACAAGUGGCGUCCUUCAAAGGAUGAAUAGAAUGGAUUCAUCAAAUAAUUUGAACCAUUUGAAGGGGUUGUACUGUUUAGGUUGGUCCUGUGUGAGCUUUCGUUCAUGAAAAGGACACACGUGUGUUGCAUCAGAUAAUCUUACAGCACACCAGAGGCCAAAGAGUGUAUGUGGCCCCUGACCCCACUGUCAAAUUGGGGCUGGCUUAGAGCAACAGAGACAAAUAAUUAUUGGAUAAUUAUUCUAUUUUUGUUAUUCCUUAUGGAAGAAAGACCUAUUUAAAUUAUUAUUCCAUAAAUGUAUUGACUCACCCUGCCCCCAUCCUCCAAAUGCAGUGGUUGGGUAUUUAGGUGCCCAGGCGAGCGCCGCUUCCCCGGCCGGCUCUUCUCUCCGCAAAGUAUUCCAUCAUAAAUAAAUUAUUUUUCUUGU